CAAAAUAGCUGUUACUCUGUAGGGCUCUGGCCUCUGAAUUGCACUUUCAUGGUAAACGACUAAACGCGAUAAGAGAAGUGAAGUAGCAAGAGCAAGAACAAGAACAAAGAGGAGUUCGUACAUCGCAGUGCCUCCUCUGCAUUUCUGAAAGCCUUGUAACUAAAAAGAGUGGUUCUGAUCUUUGGAAACUUUAUUGUGAUGGGAAAUUGCUUCAGGGGGCUAUCUUUGUGGCGUAAGUGUAUAACAACUUUGCUAAAGGGCAUCAUUUCUCAAUAUUUUGAUUUGAUUUGAUGAAUCACUGGUUUGAUUGAACGAAGACAUGAGAUUUACCCACCUUUCUAGAUUAAUUUGCCGCAUCCCUCGUCAUGAUACAUCUAGGGCUUUGCAAUGUCGUGCCUUCCAGGCAGAUGUUGUUUCUGGAGAUUCCAAGGCCAAACAAAAAAGGUAUAAAAUUCCUCAGUUUUAUGAUCCUUAUGGCCCUAGACCUCCACCUUCAGAAAAAAUCAUUCAGCUUGCAGAACAGAUUGGAGCAUUGCCUGAAGAAGAGCGCAGUCAAAUUAUGCCUAUGUUGGUAGAAAGAUUAAAGCUUCCAAAGUUGCAGUCAAUUUCAACAGAUGGCCUGGACUUGGGUCAGCAAGAUGGUGCAGCUGGAGUGCAGGUCGAGGAGAAAAAGGCAGAGAAAACGGCAUUUGAUGUUAAGUUAGAAAAGUUUGAUGCAGCUGCGAAGAUCAAGGUGAUUAAGGAGGUAAGAACAUUCACUAACCUUGGACUGAAAGAGGCCAAAGAUCUUGUCGAAAAGGUGCCGGCUGUGCUUAAACAAGGAGUCACAAAAGAGGAGGCAAAUGAAAUUAUUGAAAAAUUAAAAGCUGUGGGAGGAGUUGCAAUCAUGGAGUAGAGGAUAAACAUGUUGUAAUGUUGGUCAAGACAAAUUUUUCUAGGCCUCCAAUGUGUUUUUCUUUUUCUUUUUUUAAAUGUUAUAAUAUUUUUGAUGCAUGAAUGAUUGAGGGAAAAGCCCUAAUGCAUAAAUCAGAUUCAACAUUACGAUGUAGACAUGUAGUUGUCUAAUGAUCUAUUUGUAUCAAUUGUUCUUUUGUUAAA